UUCUCUAAUAAACAAUUCAUUUCACCUCAAUUUAGUUAAGUUCAAUCAAGUCUAGUUGUUUUUAGUAAAUCGGAACAACUUUAUUACCUUUAAAAAAAAAUCAAAAAGUUUUAUCAAAAUUCAUCAAAAUUUUACUGCUAGUGUCAUUCUAUUCUAUCUAUCCAAUGUUCCAUAAUACAACUCCACACUAUCCCAUAUAUCUCCUCUUUCCCUCCAUUAAACCCCUAAAUUUCUCAAACCCCUUAAUUGAAAAUGGCAACAAAUGCAGCAAUUGGGAUUCUUCAAAACCCUAUCAAUACAAAUUAUUUUACCCAUUUAUCCAUUUCUUCUUCACCCUUCUCUCCAAUUUCAUCACACCCAUUUGUAGCAUUUCAGAAAUCUUACAUCAAAUACAAACCCAACCUCAAAAUUACCUGUAAUUCAUCCAGACCCCACAAAAGAUCUGUUUCUAAAGGUGCAAAUUCCGAGGCAUAUGAACUUGUUCGUGGGAUUUUGAGGAAUUUUAGUGAUAAAGAACCCAUAGUAUCAACAUUGAACAAAUAUGUCAAGUUUUUGAGGACGGAGCAUUGUUUUAUGCUGUUUGAAGAACUGGGUAAAAGUGAUAAGUGGCUUCAAUGUCUCGAGGUCUUUAGAUGGAUGCAGAAACAAAGAUGGUAUGUUGCAGACAACGGUGUAUAUUCGAAACUGAUUUCAGUUAUGGGAAGGAAAGGUCAAACUAGGAUGGCAAUGUGGCUUUUCUCAGAGAUGCGUAAUAGUGGGUGUCGGCCUGACACAUCUGUUUACAAUGCGCUCAUAACAGCACAUCUGCAUUCUCGUGACAAGUCUAAGGCCUUGGAAAAAGCUCUUGGAUAUUUCAAUAAGAUGAAGGGGAUGGAGCGCUGUCAGCCAAGUAUUGUGACGUACAAUAUUCUUUUAAGAGCAUUUGCACAAGCACGGAAUGUUAAUCAAGUUAAUACACUGUUUAAGGAUCUUGAAGAGAGCUUAGUUUCACCUGAUGUCUUUACAUUCAAUGGUGUGAUGGAUGCAUUUGGGAAAAAUGGGAUGAUCAGAGAAAUGGAAGCUGUAUUGUCUCGAAUGAAAAUCAAUCACUGUAAGCCUGAUAUAAUCACAUUUAAUCUGCUGAUUGAUGCCUAUGGAAAGAGACAAGAAUUUGAGAAGAUGGAGCAAGUUUUCAAGAGCUUGUUACGUUCUAAGGAGAAGCCAACUCUUCCCACAUUUAAUUCAAUGAUUGUCAACUAUGGAAAGGCACGACUUCGGGAGAAAGCAGAGAAUGUUUUUCUGAAUAUAACCAAUAUGGGAUACACCCCUAAUUAUAUUACAUAUGAGAGUGUCAUCAUGAUGUAUGGAUUAUGUGACUCUGUUUCAAAAGCAAGGGAAACAUUUGAUGGGAUUAGUGCAUCUAAAAAGGAGUUGAAGGUGUCAACAUUAAAUGCUAUGUUGGAUGUUUACUGCUUAAAUAACUUACCAAUGGAAGCAGACAUGCUUUUGGAUAGUGCACGAGAUUAUGGCGUCCACCCAAAUUCUUCAACUUAUAAGCUUCUUUACAAAGCCUACACGAAGGCAAACAUGAAAGAUCUUUUACAGAAGUUAUUGAAGUGUAUGGACCAAGAUGGUAUUGUCCCUAAUAAGAGGUUUUUCUUGGAAGCUUUAGGAGCAUUUGGGUCAUCAACAACUACUAAAAAAUCUGCUUCUAGAAAUGCAGAUAAGAGUAGAAAUACAGAUAGUAGAAACACAGAUAAGAGUACAAAUACAGAUACGACACAUACGAGUACAAAUACAGAUACAAGUUUCCAACAGGCAGCUGGAAAAACAUAAUUGUCAAAUUGUGUAUCAUUCUAUGAGACUUCAGUCAUCUGCUCUAUAGGCUCCAAUGAAUUCUGCCUAUUCAUUUAAUGUUGAAAAGACCACUUGAAUUUUAAAGGUCUAAAGUGAGUCUUGGUACAGAACAGCUAUCAGCCUAUCAUGCCAACAACAAUAUUUUCCCUUCGAUUUAGGGGUCAUUUGUCUCUCUCAUCUAUUUGGAAAAGAAUCUUGACUAGAAUGGCUUGUGUUUCAGUUUUCAUUUGAGAGGGGUGUUAAACCUAUGAUGUAAGGGUCCAAGCUUUGUUUAGACAUCAAUACGAAGUCGAAUUAUGUUCAUAGUUUGCUUGUAUCCAGAGUGCAAGAUUUACACGUAUGGUUGAAGGAAUGAAAAGCAGAUGUUUUUAGCUGGUCAAUGCUACCUGGUUUCCGUAUGUUGCAGGCUGAAUACUACAGAUAGCACCCAGGACAUUGAAGUUUAGAUUUUGUUUUCUCAGGUUAAAAGAACGAAGCCUAAGCUGCCAUGUUAUGUCAUAGGCUGGUUGCCAAAACUUAGCAUGAUGAUGAUACAUUGACAUACCAGAAGCUUUGAGCUGUGAUUGGUCUCAUUUGGUGUUUCCAUGGAUGUUCUACUAUGGAGUUUUGAAAGUUAUGUCCCAGGGAGAAUGAACAGCAUUUCAUGUUUAUGGAGUGGCUGAGCCGCUGAGCUUUGGAUUUUGGGCUUUGCCCAAGGCAGAAGUUUGUCUUGGAGGAUUAAGGAUCUUCCUGAUUAGCAUCUGAUUAAGGAAUAGUUAUAACUUCAUCAUUCUUGUAUAAUUCAAUAUUUUAAUCAUUACGAGAUAGAAAUAGACAACUUUGUAAACAGGUUCUUUAUAUUUUGAUCUGGGUUAUUGUCUAUUGAAUGUUAUUGUAAUGUGCUUGUCUCAUUUUUCCUUGGCCAAUGUUAUACCAUUUAUUGCAGUGUUGCCUCAGUUCACAGGAGGAUUGGGAGCUUCAUGUUGGAACAGUCAUAAUGAUGCUUAGUCUAAGUUCAAAGGGUGAAGGGUGCCAGUUUAUGCAACGAAUUCAUUACGGGGAACCUUUGAUAGCUACCGCGCAUCAAUCAACAAUGUCAACGGCUCCGAUGACCCUCUUAGCGCCUCCCACCCAGAAUUGACCAUUUUUCAUCAUCAUGUUGAGUUCUAUGGGGAGAAAACGAUUAAGAGUACGCGGAAACUCACAGUGAGGAAACCCCCAAAGCCAGUAACCAACAAAGGGAAACCUGGCCAACAUCAUUAGUCAUUAGUGUGCUCCUUGAUACUUGUUGAAUUUCGUCUUGAGACUGUCCCAACUUUGAGGUGUGUUUUCCUUUCCAAAGAAAAAAAAACCUGUUGAUUCGAGAAGGAUUUGUAAUAUUAGAGAAACCCUUUUUAAGACUGCAUCAACUUUGUAUAUCUAAGUUUUGAAUUGUUAUUGCUUGUUUCAUAUUAAUGCAUAUGAAGAUAACAAUGCUUAACUUUGGAUCCAUCAGAUCAGAGUUCAUACUCUUAACAGUUACCACUAGUCCACAAGGGAAAUAUAAGAAUGGUGGAGAUAAUACCAAGCUAAGAUAAAUUAUGUUAUUAAA